ACUGCAAGAGGACAGGACCUAAGGCUGUCUGGUCAGAAGGAGCCCAGGCUAUUGUCGCUAGAUAACUCGCUUGGUAACCACACGGCACUGGCUGUCAAGUGGUUGAUGGUGGAAUUAGCUAGCUAGCUACCUAGCCUAUUGCAAGCUUAGCAUUGCCCGCCCCCCGCUGUCACCCGGAAGGCCGCGGGUCAGGGGUGGGCCCGGGGAUUGAACAACUUUCCUUGCCUAAAACGUCUGGAUGGACCCGAGUAAAUAUAGCUAGUUGCCUAUAACUACCAUACGCGUGUGUAUUAUAUAGCUGAGAAUGGAUGCCUCUUUGGCCUUCGGACGUGACGAGCAGUGCUUGGCAACUGUAAGAGGACAGGAGCUAAGGCUGUCUGGUCAGAAGGAGCCCAGGCUAUUGUCGCUGAUUGAGUGCUCUGGGGAGUUUGUGUUGGGUGUUUUGGCUAACCCUGAUGCUGUUGUGUCCUCUCCGGUACCUCAGUUGUCCAUACCCAUCAACAGUCAUUUUCAGAUAGUGCGACAGGCCGAAGAAGCGCUGUUCAUUGAUUUACCAUUAAAAACUUGCAUUAGGAUUCGUGUCAGAGGGGAGAAAGCCCCAGAGCUGGUGCUGGAGUUACAGGACGAUGAGCGCAGCCAGUCAUUCUUCUCCCAGGUGAAGAGAGCCAAGCAGCAAGUGGAGUCCAAAAGCACGCAAAUCAAGGUGAUGGAUCCAAUCAUACCUGCUCCCAUAAUGUCGUCUCCUCGCAAAGUUUCUGCCCCAGUCCCACCCAUCCCUCCACAAAGAGGGAUCCAUAAAGCUGUCAACUCUAAUACCAAGCCCACCGGCGUACCGCCACCGCCUCCCAACCUCACCAAUAGCUCUUCAGCUAACCAGACCUGCACAGGUAUGGAUACAACCUGCACAGCAGAUAGACAGGACACAGCUCUCUCCCUGGCCACGGACUUUGGCUUUGAGGACAACUUCAACCACUCCCUCAAAGUGGAGGAGAAGAAGAACCAGCAGAAUCGCAUUGUGCCCCCCCGGGAAGCCCCUCCAGUUCCUCCUCUACCUCCACGUAAAGGCUCGUACACUCCCUCCAAUCCUCUCCCCCCCGCUCCCAUCCCCACCUCCAAAGACAGAGCCUCGUCCACACAGGCUAAAGAUGCUGCCUUCGUCACGCCUGCCAAAACAGAUCUUAGGACUUCAGUGGACCGGCCCACCUCGUGGAACGACAGCCCCACCACCAACAGCAUGCGGAAUGCCAUGUUCUCCACUCAGGCCGGCCAGAGAGAGUACCUCAUCAAACACCGCCUGGGCAAGAAGGAGAAGGAGUAUGUGGACAUCAAGGACUUCAGAUUGUUUACCGGAACGUGGAAUGUGAACGGCCAGUCCCCAGACAGCAGUCUAGAGCCCUGGCUGUGUUGUAACCAAGAACCUCCUGACGUCUACGCUCUGGGUUUCCAGGAGCUGGACCUGAGCACAGAGGCCUUCUUCUAUCUGGACUCGUCGAAGGAGCAGCUGUGGGUGGAGGCUGUGGAGAGAAGUCUUCACCCCAAAGCCAAGUACAAAAGGGUGCGCACCAUCCGACUAGUGGGCAUGAUGCUGGUGGUGUAUGUCAACAAGGUGCACAAGAAUCACAUCAAAGAAGUGGCUGCAGAGCAAGUGGGAACUGGCAUCAUGGGAAAAAUGGGGAACAAGGGAGGCGUGGCGGUGCGCUUUGUGUUCCACAACACCAGCUUCUGCUUUGUCAACUCCCACCUGGCGGCCCACGUCGAGGACUUUGAGAGGAGGAACCAGGACUACAAAGACAUCUGUGCCCGCAUGAGCUUCCACCUGCUAGACCACCCUCCCCUCACCAUCGUCAAACACGAUGUAGUGAUCUGGGUAGGAGAUCUGAACUACCGGUUGUUUGUGUACGAUGCAGCUGAGGUCAAACAGCUCAUCUCCCACAACGAACUAAGGAAGCUGCAGGAGUAUGACCAGCUGAAUAUCCAGAGACAGACCAGGCGAGCCUUCACAGACUUCAUUGAGGGAGAGAUCAAUUUCAUGCCCACAUAUAAGUAUGAUGCCAAGACAGACCGUUGGGACUCUAGUGGUAAGUGUCGUGUCCCGGCGUGGUGCGACCGGAUCCUGUGGAGGGGUAGUAACGUUAAGCAGCUCCACUACAGGAGCCACAUGGAACUGAAGACCAGCGACCACAAGCCCGUCAGCUCCCUCUUCAGCGUAGGGGUGAAGGUGGUGAAUGAGGCACGCUACAAGAAGGUCUUUGAGGAGAUUGUGCGCAUGAUGGACAGGAUGGAGAACGAAUUCCUCCCGUCUCUGUCACUGACCGACAGAGAGUUCACCUUUAAGGACGUCAAGUUCCGCCAGCUUCAGCGGGAGCGUUUUGUGAUCUCCAACGACGGGCAGGUCCCCUGUCACUUUGCCUUCAUUCCCAAGCUGAACGACUCCCAGUACUGCAAGAAUUGGCUCCACGCCGAGCCCAGCGAAGGCUUCCUAGAGCCCAAUGAAACUUUAGAGAUCUUCCUGGAUGUGUAUGUGAGCAAGGACUCGGUGACUCUGCUCAACUCAGGAGAGGAUGCCAUCGAGGAUAUUCUGGUGCUGCAUCUGGACCGAGGCAAGGACUACUUCAUCACCAUCUCAGGCAACUACCUGCCCAGCUGCUUUGGUACCUCACUGGAGACCCUGUGCCGCAUGAAGAAGCCCAUCCGGGAGAUCCCCAUCACCAAGCUCAUCGACCUGGGAGAGGACAGCUACAUGGAAAAGGAGAAGUCCAAGAUGAGCUUCCUUAUGGUGGACAGUGCUGGCACGGAGGACAAGCCUUUAAAAAUCCCCAAGGAGGUGUGGCUGCUGGUGAACCACCUCUUUACCAAGUCCUGCCAACAGGAGGACCUGUUCCAGACUCCGGGCCUGCAGGAGGAGCUGCAGAGUAUCAUUGAUUGCCUGGACACCAGCAUUCCUGACUCCAUCCCUGGUUGUAACCACUCUGUGGCCGAGGCCCUGCUGAUAUUUCUGGAAGCUCUGCCUGAGCCAGUGGUGUGUUACGAGCUCUACCAGCGCAGCCUGGACUGCUCCCACGACAGCCGCCUCUGCAAACAGUUGAUCUCCCAGCUGCCCCGGGCUCACCGCAACGUGUUCCGCUACCUGAUGGCCUUCCUCAAGGAGCUGCUGAAAUACGCCCACAACAACAACCUCACUGCCAACCUCAUAGCUACCCUCUUUGCCAGCUUGCUCAUCCGGCCCCCGCCCAAAAUGGUGGGCCGACAGACCCCGCAGGACCGACAGAGAGCCGUCAUCUUCAUGCUGGGCUUCCUCACGGGAGGGGACGACGAGUGAGGGGUUAAGAGUCAGGGGUUAGGGCUCAGACAUCCUCCAGGCUGGACCUUUUGAUAACUGUUAUAAGAGUGGAGUUUUGGUGCACACAAGGCGUGUGUGUGGGGGACCACCAUGGUGUGACUCCCCUGACGCCCCCUGGCCCUUAGGGGAAGUGUGUUGGAUCCUGUAGUGGGAGAACAAACAGUGUAGUUAUAUGGGACCCUCUCUUUUAUCACAGGCUCUUACCAAUUGCCCCAGCCUUUGUAGUUCUGUGCUUCAGUCACUCACAACCAUCACCAUAGUUUUCACCUCUGCUCAUAGUGUAGCUGCAGAUUAGGUGUCGGAGUGACAGUGAACUGACUGAUGCCUCUCUGCACUUUUUGCUGUACCAGGAGACCUGAAUGCCCUUUCUAUGGAUUCACCCCCCCCCAAGGCAACCCCCAAGACCCCCAUGCUUCAUAUAACAUGUUCCAUGCCAAAAUGACUCCCUAUACCUGAAUACAAUAUGUGUGUAUGUAUGUGUGUAAUGUAUUAUGUAUGUAUGUAUGUACGUACGAACCCAUAGAUACUAAGAUAAUGAUGAUCCGUUAGUCCAUGACACUAAAGAUGGACCACACAGGUGGUCGUCCAGAAGAUUUGAAUUGCAGCUAUCCGAUGGAUACUACUCUCGGGGUGAACUAUUCAAAACCAUCAGUAGACAGUGAUAUUGGGCACAAAAUAAUUCUAGUGAACACAGAGAGACUGAGUGAGUCCUUUCUUGUUCGGAAAAAUCUGAUAAAGGAAGAUUUUCCGUUGUUACAAGACAACGAUGACAAUGGGGAGAAAUCCCGUCUGGGUUCUGUGAUAUUGGGAGAUGUUAGAACGAUCAGUGGGCUGUCCUUUAAACCAAUGUUAUUUAUUCUCUCUUUUUUUUCUUACAUGACUUUUUUUUCACCAUCUUCUAUAGUUUAUUUCACCUUCAUAAUUGUUUUAAGAGACCACAUUUUGCGUAUUGUUUAACUGCCCGUGGUUGUUCAAACCCACCUUUUUGCUUCUGCCGUUCUGAAACACGUGUCGUUCAAUAUCAGUGAGAGCACAUUGAACCCGUCACACUAACUUCACAAUAGAGUGAUCAGUCAUCAUGCCUGCAUUUAUUUGCCAUUUUUAUGGGCCAGUUUUUCAGACCCAGAGAUGAACAUUCUCUAUUGAGCAUGCAUUUUUUUUAGUUCAAGAGUAGGCUUUUAAUCUGAGUCCCAGAAACCAGUCCUACAGAACAUCAGAGAGAAAACACCUCUACGGUAUCGGUGUCUUAACUGUUGUAAAUAGUCCUCCUGUCCCCAUUGUCCACGAUGUUCGACUCUGCUUGUCAACUCUUACUAUGCUGGUGCAAACUAUGUGUUCUUGUUUUCAAAAUGUAUGUGCAGGUGGUACAGUCGUUUUUAAUGUCUGCCAUGUCCUCAUUUUUUUUCUUUCUUUGCUUCAGCCUCACUAUCUGCCUUCAUGCCGAUUUAGAGCGUCAUUGUUUUGGGCUUGUGUGCUCAUGCAAGGGUAUUUUUUGUCACUUUGUCUCCCGCAGUAUAUUGAGACAAUAUAAUGUCCUGUUUUGCUGUCUGUGUGUCCCAAAUAGCCGCCUAUUCCCUUUUAUAGUGCUCCACUUUAGACCAGAGCUCUGAUCCAAAGCACUGCAUUAUAUAAGGGUGCCAUUUCGGAAAACACUGUUAGUUUUUUCAGCCACUAAGCAUUUUUUACAGUGCAGGUUGAACAGGAUUUAGUUGUUCAUUACACCCUGAGAAACGAAAACUGUUUUCCAGACAGAUUCUCUUUUCUGGGCCACAAAGGAAAUGUUUUUCCCCGAACGCUGUCGUGGAUCUUGUUAUGGUUAUGAAAUGGGGAACUCCAAUGCUGUGCAAUUUCAACAGUGUUUCCUCCCUGUGUUUGACACUGUCCAGUCAUUUUAGAAGUUAUAUGUCAAAAUGUCUCCUGGCCGGCACUUUACAGGCCGGUUAUGUGACACGGUUGGUAUAUGACGCCCGUUUCCACCGGAGCUGUUGCCCUGGCGUAAGUCUCCAGUCAACUAAUCAUGCCAGAAAAGCCUGUUGCUUAGUCAACAGACACUUCAAGACUAGCCUGGUUCCGUACACUGUAUGUGGUGUAGCCAACCCCUCUAUUGUUGUCAUCCAUGCUAAGGUAUGACAUCGAGUAUUGAUUUGCCUACUACAGGUCCAGGCUAAUGAAUACAUUUCAAACAGUGUUUCAAUGGGUUAAAUAACAUUAUAGCUAACACACCGACCGUCUUGCCAGAAAAGCCUGUACUUCGUCAUCUUGUUUAACAGGCAUUGCUACACCAGAAAAUGCGUUCUGAGACGGAAGCCUUUGUUUCAGUAUGUUACAUAAUCUUAUAGCUAUAACACUGAUAGUUCGUUAAUCAAAGCACUUACCGGUUUCUAUGUCAGUGUUAGCUCUGUACCUGAAAUGAGUUUGAGUGGAGUGGGCCUUGUGUACAUUUCUGUGCCUCGCUGCAAUCAUCCCAUACAGUAUAUUUCUCAAAUGGGCCAGGCAUGCCUUUUAGUGUUCCUCAGAGUUGUCAUAGACUUAAGCGCUUUGCUUAGCUUGGCCGAACCAUGGCUGGCCCUGGAUGGAUUUGUCCUUCCGGUUGUCUCUGAGUCAAAAGAGGAGGAACAGGAAAUCUGGUCUUUUCAUCUCAUUCACAACACAAAGCUUUUACAUCAGAAAUAAGGCCAACCCAAGCUGAGGAGGGAUAGCCAGGACUGAAUAGUCAUAUUUGGGAGAGAAAUCCACAUUCAUGUUUCCUUAUUUCUCUUCAUCUGGCGCCUGUCUGUGUAUUCAUGUGUUGGCUUAUGCGCUCUGCUCCUCUUCAUGCCUCAAGUUUCGUAAUGGUCUGUCUAGUAAUAAUGCUACAUAUGCAAAGGAAGACUUGCACAACUGUUUUCAAUGUAUAUUUUGUGUGGUACUUUUAAUUUAUUUAACGGAAAUAAAAUAAUGUACAAAGAA